UGCCACGGGGCUUCUGAGUGGCGGAUGUAAGAGAUGAGGCGGGGUCAACCCCGGCGUGCCACUUUCUGAUUGGCAAGCUGCUGGAGCCGCCCCUUAGAGGAGGGUAAAGCCAUGUUAAAAGAUCACUGCUCCCGAAGAUCGAGGUCAGAGGCUUGAGUCUAAAGCAUAGAGCUUAUCAUGUUGAAGAUGACUGGGUGGCAGCGACAGAGCCAAAAUCAGAGCCGCAAGCUAAGGAGAGAGGCCAGCCCCCUGUUUGGCUCUGCAGCCCUCUGGUGUGGAGUUCUACUCUACUGCUGAUGAAAGCCACAUCCCAGGCACUGGAAGUGUUCCAGAAGGAAGUGUAUCUUCAUACAUCACCACACCUGAAAGCAGAGCCUGAUCCAGCUGCAGCAAUGGCAGCCGAGUCUCUGCAUUUCUCCUUCGGGACAUUGUCCAGCUGGGAGCUAGAAGCCUGGUAUGAGGACCUGCAGGAGGUACUGUCCUCAGAUGAAAAUGGGGGUACCUAUGGCUCACCCCCUGGAAAUGAGGAGGAAGAAUCAAAAACCUUCACCACUCUUGACCCCGCCUCUCUGGCUUGGCUUACGGAGGAGCCAGGACCAGCAGAGGUCACGAGCACCUCCCAGAGCCCUCGCUCUCCAGAUUCCAGUCAGAGCUCCCUUGCUCAGGAGGAAGAAGAGGAAGACCAAGGAAUACCCAGGAAACGGAAAUGGAGUGGCCAGUCUCCAGCCCGAGCUGGAAAGCAACGCAUGAAAGAGAAAGAACAAGAGAAUGAAAGGAAAGUGGCACAGCUAGCUGAAGAGAAUGAACGGCUCAAGCAGGAAAUUGAACGCCUGACCAAGGAAGUGGAGGCAACUCGCCGAGCUCUAAUUGACCGAAUGGUCAAUCUGCACCAAGCAUGAACACUUGGGACCGUGACAUCCCCUUUGGGCCACUACCAACUUUUCCCAGAAGUAGCUACUGACCACCUUCUUACCAGUGCCAAUGAUGUGACCUCAUAUCUACAGAAGGGGGAAAGCUAGGGGUAGACAACAGGAAAGGGUCUUAGCAUAUAUAUAGAGAUUGUACAUUUAUUUAUUACUGUCCAUAUCCAUUAAAGUGACUCUUUAUAAGCCAA